GUUCGAGAAGAUAAUGUGGAAGAACAGUUUGUAUCCGGAGCAGUAUCCCUACGGGAUAGUGUUUGGUGGCUCGAGCAACGGUUCGAUUUGCAUAUGGAAUCCGGCUCCGAUUGUCGACAAGAGCAUUAGGAACGUGAAGCCGUUGGUGGUGGUGGCGCAGAGCCACUGCGGUCCGGUGUACACGAUUGACUGCAAUCCGAACGAGCCGACGUAUUUGGCGUCUGGAUCCGACAGGUUGGAGACGUUUAUUUGGAUUUGCGCGGACCCGUCGAAGCCGGUGGUGCACUCGCUGCGCGCGUCGAAGCACGAGCAGUCGGCGACGGCGGUGAAGUCGGUGGCGUUCAACCCGGUGUACAAGCAGAUAUUGGCGAGUGGGGCGGAGGACAAGACGAUGACGAUUUGGGAUUUGAGGAAGAAGCGGCCGGCGAUUUACUUGAGCGACCCGAGCGGUUCGUUUUGCAACAGCACGGUGGCGUGGAGGGUGGACCAGCCGAUGUAUAUAGCGGCGGCGAGUUCGAGCGACGAGUCGCCGCUGAUACGCCUGUGGGACUUGAGGUUUACGAUGAGUCCGAACGCGACGUUUGCGGGACACAGGCAGGGGGUGACGUCGAUGUCGUGGUCGAGGGUGGAUUCGUCGUUGCUGCUGAGCACGGGGAAAGACAGCCAGACGAUUUGCUGGGACGCGAACACGGGGCAGCUGAUAUGCGAGGUGGGGUGUGGUUUUGAGGGGGCGCUGAACUGCGCGAACAAGGACGUGCAAUGGAGCGCGAUGAUGCCGACGUUGUUUUCGGUGUGUUCGUCGGACAGGAGAGUGCAGGUGUAUUCGCUACAGGACUUCGAGAACAAGGCGACGCCGGAGUCGAUAGCGGCGGCGAGGUUGAAGGUGAGACAGGAGAUAGAGAGUCGCAAGUUGGAGCCGGUGUCGGACGGCGACGGGAUGUUGGACAUUAUCAACGAGGCGAUACACGAGGCGAGCGAGAACGCGAUGAAGAUUUCGCGGGCGUCGAGGGAGGUCAGGAACGGGGCGCAGAUACCGAUUCGCCCGCCGGAGUGGAUCAGGAGGAGGAGUGGCGUGUCGUUCGACUUUCGGGGCGUUCUUUGGACGUUUUGCGCGUCAGGGGGCGGGGUGGUAAGCAGGGUGAGGGUGGAGGCGGAUCCGGAGUUUUCCAGGAGGGCGUCGGUGCUGGAGGCGGCGUUGGGGUCGGACGUGGAGGGUGCGUGCGCCCGGAUGGUGGAGUGCGUGCCGGAGGGGGAGAGGGGGACGUGGGAGUUGGUGAGGGCGUUUUUGUCGGGUCAGAGGAGACAGGCGACGCUCGCGCGCUUGGGGCUGGACGCGAAGGAGAUAGGGGAGAGGUUGAGGGAGCAGAUGAAGGACCUGCCGGAUCUGGAGACGUUGUAUUUGGGGAACGAGUCGGAGUCGGAGUCGAUGGAGGAGGAGGAGGAGAAGUCUGGGGGGGUGUUGAAGCCGCUUUGCGAGUCUGCGAACCAGCCGCUGUUUGUGGACGAGGAUGUGGGACAUUUCGAGCACAUUUUGUCGGUGCAGAGAGAGGGGGGAGAGCAGCUGGGGGCGGCGUCGCUGCAGGGGACAGCGGAGUUCAAGUUUUCGCUUUCGCCGGGGAGUUUGAAGUUUGGCGAGUUGGAGGGGGGCGAGGCGGAGGUCUGCAACGCGAUGGUGGUGGGCGAGUUGAAGACGGUUGUGGAGUGGUACCUCAGGAAGGGCAGCAUGGCGGACGCGUUGAUGGUGGCGUCCAUGGGCGGACAGGAGUUGUGGAGUCAGGUGCAGGAGAUGUAUUUUAGACAGAACAGAGGUCGUUUGGAGGUGGCGUUGAUGCACGUGAUAUCUGGCCAGCACUUUUCGUCGUUCGUCGACAACGUGGAGCUCGAGAACUGGAAGGAGGGGCUCGCCGUGAUUUGCACGUACGCGCCGGACCAGGAGUUCGAGUCUCUGUGCGCGCGAUUGGGAGAUCGACUGGUUGAGGGCCAACAGUGCUCGGCGGCGGAGACUUGCUACGUGUGCGCGGGUGCUUUGGAGAAGGCGUCUCUGAUUUGGGUCAGAGAGCUCGAGAGUUGCAAGGGAGACGACUACGUUUUCAAGCUCCAAAUGCUCAUCGCCAAGUACGUCAUUCUGGCGUCCGUCGUCUCCAGGUCGGAGGAGCAUUCCGUGCCGCUUUGCAUGCAGCUCAAGUACACUCAGUACGCGCUCAUCCUCGUGUCUCAGGGACAGCUGGAAACCGCCGUGUCCUAUUUGGCCAAGGUCCAGCGUUUGUCGGAUUCCGCGAUUGUCGACUCCAUCGUCGACCGCGUUUAUUACUCUCUUCCCGCCGACGUCGCACGGUCCUGCUUCCCAGAAAGGCCCAAGUUCCCCUACCAGGUCCGCCACGUCAAUCUCCCGCUCGCCGGCAUCCAGGGUGCCUCGUCUGCCGAACAGUCCAGAUACCAGCGACCGCCGCGCGCCGACGCCUAUAAUCAAAGAGCUGGGCCCUAUUUCGAAGGUGCCAACCCCCCGCCCAGCCUCGAAAGCGUCCCGCAGACCUCCCAUUACCAGCCCCCCUCCGCGCCCUACCAACACCACCGCUAUCAACCCCCGGUCUCUCAGCGCCAAUCUCCGGCACCUCGCUACCGCCAACCGCCGGUCGCCCAACUCCGCCAACCGCCUCCUUCCACUUCGCCGUCGCUCCAGCCCUCCAUCACCGCGCCGCCUCAACCCUCCGCCUCCGCCGCACAUCCCUCUAGAGCCACGCCCCUCAUGGGCCCGCCUCGGUACCGCUCCGUCGCGCCCCCGCCGCAACCUUCCUCUUCCGCCGCGCCUUCGUUCCAUUCCUCCCUUAUGAUGGCGCCCCCACCUCGAACUCCCUCCGCCGCGCCUUCGCCCCAGCCCUCCUCCAUGAUGCCCCCACCUCGAACUCCCUCCGCCGCGCCUUCGCCUCAGCCCUCCUCCAUGAUGCCCCCACCUCGAACCACCCCCGUCGUGCCUCAAACCACCUCCGUCGCGCCCCCACCGCGAACCACCUCCGCCGCGCCCUCGCCCCAGCCCUCCUCCAUGAUGCCUCCGCCCACCUCCGCCGUGCCCCCACCGCGAACCACCUCCGCCGCGCCUUCGCCCCAGCCCUCCUCCGUGAUGCCUCCGCCCGCCUCCGCCAUGCCCCAAGCCACCUCCGCCGUGCCCCCACCUCGAACUUCCUCCACUGCGCCUCAUCCCGCCUCCGCCAUGCCCCCACCUCGAAUCUCCUCCGUCGCGCCUCCACCCAUCUCCGCCAUGCCUCAAUCCACCUCCGCCAUGCCCCCACCGCGAACCACCUCCGCCGCGCCUUCGCCCCAGCCCUCCUCCGUGAUGCCUCCACCCUCCCCCUCCAUGCCUCAAACCUCUUCCAUCGCACCCCCACCUCGAGCCUCCUCCGUCGCACCCCCGCCUAAUGUCCACCAGUCCUCUCACUACACCCGUCCCAGGCACCUCAUGACCCCCCCACCUAGCGCCCGCCAACCCCCCGUCCUCCCCAAUAACAACUACCUGCAAGCUCAACCACCGGCCCCCCACCAACAAAACAGCCCCGCUCCCGACGCGCCACCCUCCCAGCUCUCCAACUCCAUCCCCGCCACACACCUCGCGCCCCCCCCGCAAAAGCCGUCGUCCCUCCGGUUCACUACCACCAUCAAACAAGCCACCGCCCCCGUCAACCCAAAGGGCGCCCCCCUCCCCACCUACCAGCCGCCCGGCGCCACCUCCUUCUCUCCAAACCACCUGUAA